AUGAUGGACUGGACUGGUGCUCGGACAGGGGCCUGUGGGUCGUUGUUGCUGCUGGCGGUUUCGGAGCUUACCGCCGGAGCUGAUGCCAACUCGCUCCAUGCCCUGCCCCUCCCGGGCGGCAUCGGGUCCCGCCGCACGCUGUUGCAGGCCGACACGACGGUGCCGCCGCCGGAAACGGCAAAGCCGGCGGCGGUUCCCCCAGCAUUGGCGAAGACGGCGGCGGUCCCCCCAGCAACGGCGAAGACGGCGGCGGUCCCCCCAGCAACGGCGAAACCGGCGGUGGUGCCGCCGGAAACGGCGAAGCCGGCGGUGGUGCUCCCACCUGCUGCUGCUGCUAAGCCAGCGCCUGGGGCAGCCGUAGCGGCGACGCCUGCUGCGGCAAACCCUGCGGCUCUGAGGGCGGCCCCGGUACCGGCUGGAGAGCCCAACGCGACUGACAUUGUCGAGGAGGCCGUCAACAAGACCGUUGUCGUUCCGCCUGUGCCGGUCAGCACCAUCUUCGCGCCAACCGAUGCGGCCUUCGAGGAACUCGCCACCGCCCUCAAUCUGACCACCCCGCUGGACCUCUUCAACACAACUUUCAACGAAACAAUUGCCAACAUCACAGCGCUGCAUGUCGUUCCAGGUCUGGAAGUCACCUCUGCCAACCUAACGGUCACUCCCACGAUAACGGUACCCUCGCUACUGGGCUACAACAUCACCGUCACCCGGGAGCCUACCGGCAACAUCACCGUCACUAUUCCCGGCAGUGAUGUAGUGGCGACGGUAUUGACCCCGGACGUCCCGUAUAACAACGUGAUAAUGAAGGCGGGGCCAGCUGCCAAGAUCUCCGCCCUCGCUAUGGGGCGCGUUGGUGGUGGCGCAGCCGCCUGCAGGAACAGCUGGGAGCCUCAGCCAGCGAGUGGCGGAACCGUUUCCCGCGCUUUUGGUGAGUGGCUGUACGACUUCAGCAUCGAGUACUUCGGCACACCGCGGAUGCAAGACAUCGUAAGGGCGAAUCCAAAGGUCACCGUGUUGAUGCCCUCAGACAAGUAA